AUGCAAUUCCUUGACAAAAUUUACGACCCAGCGGCUGGUUAUCUUUACUUCUUCUACUACCCCCUGGCGGCAGGGAAGCACGAGACCCGAUCAUCUGUCUGGUAUGCGUCAGGUCUCUUGCAACGCAAUGCUGGUGACGAUGUGGAGCAAGCUAUCAAGAUCAUAAAAAAUGUCAUAGGGGACCAGAAGAAGAACCCUGAGGAUCAAUGGUACGGAGACUACACCGUGUACCCGGAAGAGCCUACUGUUGGCACUCCAGCGUAUCCCAAAAAUAUUUACAACUCCUGGGAUCCUAAUUGGCGAGGGUUCAUCGGCACGACCCUUAUUGUGAUUUACGAAGAGUUCAAACAACUUCUGCCUAAAGAUGUUCAAGAGCUUAUUCUUGAGAGCAUGUACAACAAUACAAUCGGUGACAGCUACCGCGUUGGUGGAGUUGACGACGACAAUCUUUAUCCAUCCUACAGCAAUCCUUCCAUCAUGCGUGCCAUCGCAACGGGCUGGACAGGCCGCGCCCUCAACGACUCCAACAUGACCGCGGCCGGCGAGCUUUACGCCCAAGAGAUUUUGGACCUGUUCAACCUUAACGAUACCCUCUCCGAGUUCAAUAGCCCCACGUAUGCGGGCGUCAGCAUUUACGGUUUAACUCUUUGGGCGAAGUAUAUGCCUGCCGAUUCCUCUGUGAUGGGGCAGAAUGGCGCACGCAUGAUCAAGGCCAUUUGGGAAACGAUUGGAAACAUGUACAAUGCGAAUCUUCGAAAUGUCGCAGGACCAUGGGACAGAACUUACGGCUUUGACAUGAACCAGUAUGUCGCCAUUCUCAAUAUCUACAUCUGGUCUCUCAUCGGCAAGGAGAAAGCCCCUGGAAUCCCGCAAACAUGGAGCAUGGCACACGCGGACGACUUCGAGUACGCGCCGCUCAUCUCUGUCUUGGCACCUUUCCAUGACGCUAUCGUGCCCUCAGAAGUUGUGGAAAAGCUCAGCGCAUUCCCGGGUGAGCAUAUGUACGAGACCGCUGCGUUCUCGCCCCCACACGAUGCGGUUCCCCGCAAUGUUACGGCUUGGCUAUCGGGUAAUCUGACCAUCGGCGCCGAGUCGUAUGACGAGGACACCCUUGGGGGACCACGACAAGAUCCUCUUCAAUGGUCUCCUGCUGUGAUACAGUGGUCCAGACAUGACGGGAGUGUCGGGUUUGCUGUUCUGCAUGGCACAGAAGAGGCCAUGGAUGUGGAAGUUAGUCCUGGAAAGCUACGUUUAUCCUACCCUCGCGGUAACUCGACGAGUGUCUUUACCUUUCUUGUCAACUCCAACCCAUUGGGCGACAAACGAGACAUUGCCGGUUUCGAGGACGUCGUGGGAAUCCAUGUGAACGUCAACGGCACAGUGAAGCAGCAGCCCGAGAUUGGCUUCUGCGGACUCGUUGGCGGCACUUGCUCUAUCAUUCAGUGA